UCUCGCUGCUACGAGUUCCAUCGUCAGCCAACAUACGGCACAGUUUGGUCGCGACGACCCCUGGUCGUGAUCCCCUUCUAAUCUUUCCGAUAAGAAAUCCACGGUCGUUCCAUAAUUAGGUCAAAAUCUUUGCUCGAUUGCUGAUUCUUUUCGGAAUCAAAUAUCGGAUUUUUGUUUGCGGUCUUUAGUGCUAUGCGAUCGUCAAGGUUUGGAUUAACUGCGUGGAAUCUUAGCCCUUCGAUCGAUUGUUGAUCUCUCUCUUUGUUCUUUCUGUCAUUGUUGAUAUUGGAACUGGAGGUUGAGGAGCUUUUGUUGCUUCCCUUGCUGAAAGAGCCGUCUUGACAGCAGAUUCUAAUGGCUCAACCUCGCACUAAAGCUGUUGGAGUAGACAACACUUUUCGUAGGAAAUGGGACCGUGAAGAGUUUCUUCAGAGAACGCGAGAACGAGAAAGGCAAGAGGAUGAGGAGUCCAAAUUCAAAUCCAAAGAAAAAGCUCCUCUUGUUCAAAGGAAACCCUUGAAGCACAGGAACUAUGAAGUUGACCUCGAAUCCCGCUUGGGGAAAACUCAGGUUGUUACCCCCAUUGCAUUACUAAGCCAACAGGUUCAAGAACGAUUUGAAAUGCUUAAGAAGCGAAAAGCUCCGGAGAGCUUUUCUGAGCAAGAUUUGGAUGAGAGACUAAGAAAACAGCAGGUAGAGGAGGAGGAGCGUCUGGGUCGUGAAAGAAAGAAGGAGAAGAAGAAAGAGAAGGCUUUACAUUAAGAAACAGAGGAUGUCGACCCCGAUGUGGCGGCUAUGAUGGGAUUUGGAGGUUUCCGGUCAUCGGUCAUCGAAGAAGUGAUAUUAUGAGCAAUAGCUGCAUGGAUCUUCCAAUUUGAUGCUCUUCAAUGGCUUUAGCCCGCAUAGCCGAGACUUUCCGGUGUUAGCUUAGAUUAUUAGAGCAAUUCAGGAGAUAGGCAGGCACAAUGUUGCUGUGGGAACCUGGGUGGUGAUGAUGCUUGAGUUUAUUGAAAAGCUUAAUGGUGAAGAACAGAAUGCUCAUCUUGUUGGGUUGAACUACCAAAAGCUAAAAGUAGUUUCUGUAAGUAAUUCUCAUACAUCACUCAAUCUGAGGACUAAACAUGGAGAAAGAAACAAAAUGUGUCUUGACUACUGUUCCUGUGGAUCAUAGAUUUGAUAUGACAUCCAAUUGCAUAAUCUUGAUUUAAAUUUACAUUCA